AUGAGAAGAGAACAGUCCCUUAUUGAGCACGAGAAGGAAGAUGAUGGAGGAAGAAUUUUGUCCCUAACUGAAUUACUACAACUAGGUAUGUUUGAAGGAAAACGCAUGUUUGAACCUCCGAGGUGCAAUGAAACAGUGGAAAUCCAGCAAAGAGAAACCAGCAUUCCUGAACCCGUAUUCACGCUCUUCGCCUUCCUUGCAAGGCAAGGUGUAUACAUUAGUGAUCUCUUUCGACGGCCAGGCAAUAUCAGCCAAAUGAAUGUAAGAUUUUCUUCAAUUCAAUUUGUUUUUAUGAUAAAUCAUUUUUUAUACUUUUAUAAUAUAUAA